AUGUCCGCUCCAAAGUCAGGCCGUCAGUCUCCUCCUCCAUCAAGACAGGGCGGAAGCCAGCAAGGCGAUAUCCCAACGUGGUCUGGCAAAGCAGAACAACCAAGCCAUGGAACGGCUUCGAUCGAUAACCCAUCUGAUCCACACGGUAAAGAUCCAGGUGUGACAGGAUUGGAGAGCAACCCGGUGCAUCCUCUUGCAAAGACGUCUCAGUUGAAGCACAGAAGACUGAGUGAAGAUUUUCACGGGCUGGGAUCGUCGGGCUUCUGA